CAAAAUAGAAUUUGUGGUCUGAUACAAUUCUCUUUUUUACGCUUAUUAUUUCUUAACAACUCUUUUCGCUCACAGGGUAGACCGCAACCCCGAAACGAUAACCAAGAACCCAGCAUUCGGUGUUCUCUGCCAGAACUUCAAAAAGCACGCUCGUUCCCUUGAAGUAGGCGAAACCAUCGAGGCCACGAAGGUCCUAUCCUACCUGCAGGUCCCCGCAGACUCGCUAAUAGUACAAACCAUGCUGCAGCUCAUAAGACACAACAUCAACUCCUUGAACAUUCGGCAAAUUAUGUUUCUAGACUUUAUUCUUAGCCGUUACGACAGCAAGAACCACUUGAUCGACGCCCUGAAACUGGCGUUACCUCUUGCGUUUCAGAUCCGUCUACCGUUAGAAUUAGAUAACGAAGAUCUGCCGUUGCUUAGGGAUAUGCUAGCUUACAGCUGUAACACAGAUUUGCCUGAAAGAUGUAUCAACAAUAUAGUUACAGGACUCUUGUUGCACGAUCAGACUAUUGAUGCUCAAAAUGCGAAGUCGAUUAUAUGGUCAUUGUGCCAAGUUAAUUGUACAGAUGAAGUUUUUCCUACUAGGGUACAGUUACUGCAUAUUUGUUUUGAGAUUCUUACGCAACGGAUUAACGAGUUGUCUUACGAUGAGCUACUUCGAACUGCUGCCAAAAUCAAGGGUCGGAUCCUUGAAAAGCAUCCAGAGUUUUACAAUGAACAGCUGAUGGAUGCUGUCGCUAACUAUGUUGUGGAGAAUAAGAUCGAGUUCGAGAAGGGGCUGCUGGUUGCUAGGAUACUCUCGCGUAUCGCGCACACCCAUCUCGGCCUAGUGGAGUAUCUUUGUGAGAAAGCAGCCGCCUGCCCCACGACUCUCUCUAACGCUAGACCGAACAUCCUAUUCAGCUUCGUGAACUGUCUAUCAAACAACAAUUACACACCGAGCCCAGAAGCUUGGAGCGAACUAAGGAAACAGAUAUCUUUGAACCCGGUGCUGAAUUCGACGAACUCUACCCUACCUUGGCCUAAGUUUUGCUUAGAACUGGCAUCUCUUAACCAUUAUGAAGACAAAGUGUUGAACAGAGUAUUCUCCAAAGAGUUUUUAGAAGAGCACUUGUCUAGGAACAAUAAUAAUUUAGAUUAUUUACAACUGUUGACGUUACACGAGGCGGUGAAGUGUUUCCAUACAAAAGAGUACUCGCUGCCCCCGGAGACGUUAGCGGUGGCUAAAACCAAGUACCCGACGCACAGCUCGACGGAUCAACUCCUACAGUAUCUGGCGACGGCUCUGGGCGGUAAAGAAUACAUUGCCAAGAACGUCCUGUUGCCAAACGGGAUUAUCGCUGACAUCGUGAUAUGCCUUAAAGGAGGCUACCCUAUCUCGCUGACAGUACCCGAGGAUCUGGAGAGGGUACCAUAUGAACAACUUAAUAUUCCACAGAGUUGUGUCACGGUGUGCGUGAUGAACUUCAACCAGGGGUGCUUCUCUAUGAACAGCAACCGUUUACGAGGCACGUUCCGGCUGUUGCUCGACGUGUUGGAGAAGCAGGGUCUGGUGGCGGUGCCGCUGAACUCGGCCGAGUGGGCGGCCGCGCCCGCGCACGAGCGGUCGCCGCUCCUGCUGCGGGAGGUCGCGCACAAGGCGGCCGAGAUCGGCGUCAAGCUCGCCGCCACGUGA